GUAGGCUGUUACAGACAUAACAUGUGGAGGACAACUUGAAAGAAACGGAGAGGUUGCACCCGGCACUGGAUUAAAGUGUUAACAUCCACCUUUAGGACGCUUGCUGAACACUCACGUUCAGGAUGACUAUUUUCUCCUGAACAAGACUGUUAAGGUCUGGCAAGACCUUGCACCCAACCCCUCUAAACCCUGUGCCUCUGCUUGCGGUACAAUAAGGAACAGGUGUGGGCAAAACUGUGGUUAUGAAGGAAGCAGGUAUGGUAAUGGAGGGUAGGGCAGUCACGUGGGCUGUACGUCACAGUGGAAGUCAGAAGUCACGUGGUUGACGUCACAGAGGUCAGGGGAGUCACGUGGGCUGUACGUCACAGCGGAAGGCGGAAGUCACGUGGUUGACGUCACAGAGGUCAGGGGAGUCACAUGGGCUGUGCGUCACAGCGGAAGGCGGAAGUCACGUGGUUGACGUCACAGAGGGCAGGGAGUCACAUGGGCUGUAGGUAGCGGAAAGAGCGCGAGGGCAGGGGAGCAUCGCCUUGCGCGGAAGUGGCCUACUCAGCCGACCCUUUGGGGAAUGAAGGGAUGGACCGAAGUCAGAAGGCCCACAGGCCUUCUGAUUUCGCCACCAGACGUGUCCUGCCCGUUUUCGCGGCCUCGCAGAGCACCCGUGUCAGCCGGGAGAGCAUGUCAUCCUCUUUGGCUCGCAGUGCCCUGGACCGAAGCAGGGUCGAGUGGGCCCAGAGAAAGAGCAAAGACCAGGACCAUGAGGGCUUCGGGUACCGGCUGCUGAACAUGAUGAGAAAAACUCUCAUAGAGACUGAGAAUAAAGAGCUGACUGCAACACCUGAGAAAUCAACUUUGGUUCCAUUUGGGGAUGUGGUUGGCUGCCUGGCUGUUCAUAUAAAGAAUUGCAGACAUUUUUUGCCUUUGAUCUGUUUAAAGUAUCACUCAAAUUUAUACAUUCGCAUUUCUGUAAAUAACCUUGUAAAAUAUACAAAAAGUUUCAGCUUGCUCUUUGGAAACACUGAAAAGAACAUUGUAAUUAAAUUUGAUGAAAUGAAGUUCUUUUCCAUACAGGUUCCCAGACAUCAAGAUGACAAGUGGAAUAAUAUUUCCUUGGAACUAGUACAAUAUAACGAGACAGAAAAUUAUCUGCUUCUCUUAGGAAGUGCUACAGUACACCUUUAUGAAGUAAUUCAGAAAAUGUGUUUUACUGAAGAAUUACAAAUGUUGAAUGAAAACACAUGUGUCUGCAGGUUGGAUGUGGAGUUUAUGUUUGCAUAUGGAUCCUUUGGCUAUGGAUUUUCACAUCAGGUUAGUUCUCUUUUAAAAAAAUUACUCUCUUUUAGCUUUUCAGCCACAUCAUUCUAUUUUGAGCUGUUUUUUACAAUUUGGCAACAAGGCAGCAGAGGAAAGGGUCUGUAUCAGUGGGCAACCCGACCUACCGUGAAGCAGAGCCUUCGUAACCUAAUUUUAAAACCUCUUCAAAGAAAUAUUGAGCCUACUAUGUUUCUGAAUGUUGCAUCACAUUCAAAAACUAAAGAUCUCCCAAUAGAUGUUAUUGCACCACAGCCUGUUAGUGUUGGGAAUUCAUCUCUUGGACAACACUCCAGCCAGCCACCUCAGAUGCAAUUUGUAAAACCCAGGGAAAGGUUGGAAAAAAUGAAAAAAGAAUAUAGAAAUCUGAGUACUUGGAAAGAAAAAGUUGAUUAUUUACAAAGUGUACUUAGCCCAGAAUUGGAACAUAAAAAUUCCGAGGAAACUAAUAUAAACAAGAUACCAGAAAGUCCAAACAGUAACCAAUAUGAAAAGAAGCCUGAAGAGAUUGUAAGAUUAUAUUUCCCAGUCAGAGGCAGUAAAGCUGAAACUACACCAGUUGAGUUUCUGGAAAGUGAUAAGAAAGAGCCAACUAUACCCAUUGUGAAACUUCAGGACCCUGAUGAUUUAAUUGAUGUUGCUCCGAGAACUGAUGAAUCAACACCUCCACCCACAGAUAUUCCACUGUCCAUUAUUCCCACCCUGACAGUGACAGAAGCAGAGGAAGCACCAUGUAUAGAUGAACAGCAAUCAAAAGCUGUGCCAGAGGACAAAUUGAAAAACACACUGUUGCCACCAGUAGUAAGACUGAGAAAUACACAUGCAGGCAUUUUAAAAAGAGAAUCGUCUUCAUCAAAGGUAAAGUUGACAAAUAUGCAUGUAAAUCCAGAGGAAGUAAGGAGGGUUACAGGUGCAUCUCCAGCUGAAAUUAGGUGGCAAAGCAACUAUUUAAACUUAGCUGAGAGAAAAAGUACAAGCUUUCUUUCCCCAGAUUUAAAAUCAAAAGGUAGCUUUAGAAGAUAAAAUUCCAAAAGAUGACUUUGAAUUAAAAGAUAUUAGCAAAUGAAAUUCAAAUAAAUUGAAAAUACAUUUUAAUGUCUUUCACUAGAAAUAUUUCUAAAUGUAUUAAAUAUUCCUACCCCAUUUAUACUGAUCAAUAAAGGAAAAAAUCUCUGAAGAAAUAAUUUGAUAUGCCAGUUAUAGAAACUAAUAUCCUGGAAGUAUGAAAAUUUGAGCUAAAGUAUAACAAUAACAAAAAGUAAAUUGUAAGGCAUUUUAAAAGCCUGGAAAGUUAUUUUAGUGGAAAUUUUUAAUAAAAGUGUGAUGCGAAAUAACAUAGAUCCUUCCUGUUACAGAUAAUUUUGUAGUUUAAAAUGAGACUGAUUUCAAUGUAAAUUUAAAGGCACACAAAAAUGAAGUUUCUGUCAAAAUGAUAGUUAUUUAGACCUUUACAUCUAUCUGAAUCAUUAUUAGAAAUGAUUUUUUAAAAAAAGAGCAGAGUAAAAGGGUGUACAGGUCAAAGAGUAUUAAGAUUCUACCUUGAAAUACUUCAAUUAGCUCAGGAACGGAAAUCUGUCUUUAUCCUAUCGAUGAUACAUUAGACUAGGUGUUUUCUAAAUUCCCUUUCAAACUUCAAAAGAUACAAUGUUGCUAAAUGUCGCUAGCUGAGCAACUGUUCCUUUUACUGAAUGUGAAAACAAUGCACAGUCAGAAAAUUUAGAAAACUGUGAGAAGCAUAAAGGAGAAUGUAAAUAAAAGCGGUUAUA